AUGUCCUCUAGAUGGCAGCCGUCUUCCUAAACUGCAACUAGUCCGCCGUAAAUCCCACGAAGAAGAAAAAGAAAGAGGAACUGAAACAAGACAGUUUGGCAACUUGCGCUGUGCAGGAAGAAAGAGUUCCGUUUGGGAGUACUAUGAAAAACUACAUCAGACCGCCAGGUUGCUCAUAAACAUGUCCCGGCUGGAGACUUUUGAGCGUGAGAUAUCUGCUGUAAUGGAGACUCUGGUGGAAGCGGCGGUGACGGAGCUCAGCAGACUUCUGGACAAGUGUGUUGUGGUCGUUCAGCACCGCUAUCCUCCGCCUCCAGAGACGUUAACGGCUGUGACAGACGAAGAGGAGGAGAGACAGCGGUUUAAUAAAGAUAUAAUGAACCAGUUUGUAUCCCUCAUGGAAGCACGGACCAAAGAUGCAGUAGGGACAAUAUUGAUGAUGUUAAAAGUGUCCGUCUGUGGAGCUGAGGAUGGUCCCGCUACAAUACAGACAGCUGGGCUGAAUGACAAGACCAAGCAGGCGAGCAUGAAGCCGAAAACAGGACGAGUAGCUGGGCCCAAAAAGCAAUCAACAUCCAGAAGCUCUCAGAGGAAAAAGAAAAUCAAGGGUGGACUCAAACCGGCAGAAAGACAGGAGAAUGACCAUUUAUAUUACCAAGCUGAUGCAGCCCCACAUGAGAGUAGCUCCGGGUCCCCGUCUGAACCUGAAGCCGUGUUGGCAGAGCCCUCCUCUGACUUGGCCUCCGAUGUAAGCGAGGAAGACGUUGUCCAGGAGGAUACAGACUCUUCAACUACCACAUCCAAGAUCAAAAAGAAGUCCACGGGGCCAUUCAAAUGCCCUUCUUGUGACAAAUCGUUUGCUCUGAAGUGUUUGAUGGACAGACACCACCUGACUCACUCCAAACCUCACCUUUGCUCUGAGUGUGGCAAACGUUUUGCUGGCCUGCGGGGGCUCGUUGCACAUUCAAGACGUCACACUGGAGAGAAGCUUUACAAAUGCUCAGACUGUGGGACCGAGUUUGCUUACAAGAACACCUUCGACAGACACAUGCGUCAGCACAGCCUCAAGAAACUGAAUAUCCACACGUGCAGACUGUGUGAGAAGCAGUUCACCGGGGAGUUGGCGCUUCAGCGGCACAGGUGUUGUGCCUUAAAAAAGACGUUUGUCUGCUCGCUUUGCCCAGAGACCUUUGAGUGUAGGAAGAAUUUGGCCGAUCACGAGAAUCAACAUUCGGGGGACAAAGAUUUUGUCUGCGAAAUGUGCGGCGAGAGUUUCUUCUCGUCCCUGUCCUUGGCCACUCACCGGGUGACUCACAUACAAAAGGAAAACUGCUGCGACGUGCUCGGCCUCGGAUGCAGCGACUUGAGCGUCCUCAAAAUUCACCUGAGCAAACACACGGGAGAAAAGCUUUUCACCUGUAAGGUGUGCGGUAAGGGUUGUAGCCACCAGAGCGCGCUGAAGCACCACAUGCUGACCCACACGGGAGAGAAGCCGUACGUCUGCGAGACGUGCGGGAAACGCUGCGGCCACGCCAGCGCCCUUCAGAACCACAUGAGGACCCACACCGGGAAGAAACCGGGGCAGCAGCCGGUCUGCAGCGUCUGCGACAAAAAAUUCCGCUGCAUGGUCAAUCUCAAAUAUCACAUGAGCAUCCACACGGGGGACAAGCCGUACGGCUGCGGUCAGUGUGAUAAAAAGUUCAGCAACCCCAGCAAUCUCAAGAUACACAUGACGAUUCACUCAGGGGAGAAGAUGUACGGCUGCAACAUCUGCGGCAGGAGGUUCACUCAGGCGAGCAGCCUCAAGCUGCACAGACGGAUCCACACAGGAGAAAAGCCGUAUCACUGCGCGGUCUGCAGGAAAGGAUUCAUACACAGAGGCGACUUUAAGAAACAUCAGCAAGGACACCUGGCAGAUGGGCCAGGAGAUGAACAGUCUGAAAAAACUGCUGUGAAAAUCUAAAACACUUCACUGCUGUACGGUCACUUACAUAUUCACACACUGUACACUGGAGGUCGGGCUGAGCAACGUGAAGAUAAUUACUGUGAGACGAAAGAGAUCGUCAGUUGUCAAAGAUUUUUAAAGCCUGUUUAUACAGAGUAUUCAAUCCCCUGGCUGUUUUAGACCAUUGCAGGCUUCCCUGCGAGUAUAAAGUUCACUAGAUUGACCCAAAAGAAUAGAAACUAAGCACAUCUGGUGCUUCCUAUAAGCCAAUUUAGCAGCUGCUUAAGGCCCCGCAGCCGCUAGUAAGUUACGCAUCUACAAUGAAUGGGUACUUUUUGUUGCUAAUGUAAUAUUAGCUACUUACAGUCUUCUAUAAUAGGGCGAGAAACACAGACUGUAUAAAAGAAGGGAGAGGAAUCCCUCCUCCGUUCUUUUCUCCGGUUUCCUCUUUUCUUUCCUGUUAAAAGAGUGUUUUGGAGGAGGUUUUCCUUACGUGAAUCAAAGGUCUAAGAACAGAGGGUGUGGUAUGCGGUACAGAUUGUAAAACCCCUGAUUGGGCUGAUUUGUAAUAUUUGGCUAUAAAUGAAAUUGACAUGACUUGAAUAUGUGCUGUGAAAAAGUUUGGAAAACACUGGAGGAAACUAAACUGGUUAUUUUAUAAAAACUAAGUUAUAUAAAACCCUAAAAAAUUAAGGAAGUGUUGUGCUUUUUCUUCAUGUAUAUAACCAUAAUUUUUGCAGAAGUAAAAUUAGUUUGAAUUAAUAAAAAAAAAUAUGUAUAUAUAUAAAAAAAUAAAUGUAUAGAAACAAAGUCUGUAGGGCCCUAUUUCAGAGUUGUUCAUUAUUCAUUUCAAUAUAUAUUAAUCUCAUCAGGGUGAGCAGUCAAAAACUCAUAGUAGUAUCUUAAACAACUUUAACAAAGUUGGCAAAAAGGUAUAUGAAAAGUUAAAAAAACAAACAAACAAAACUAAGACAAGGCUUGGACCAAAAUUUUACCUUUCACUUUCUUGUUUAAGCAUAGUGUUGCCUGCACGUCCACAUGGCUGGACUCCUGCCGCUCUCAACUGCUUCUCUGAAUGUUUUUGGAUUUCCCCUUCACCAGCCAGGUACCCAUAACGUUGUAAAACUUCUCUGGGUAAGGGCAUUCCCCUCUGCUUCUUAUAUACUCUGUUUCUGUGUUGCUGCUGAGGCCGGGGAGGAGACAGAGAGACCGUGGUGUUUCCUCUUUUUUGAGACUGCGCAAUUAGACUGGACCAGUAGAAUCUGACAAGAAAGGACAAUAUGAUCAGAAGAGAUGCUACUUAGGACCAGAGGCAGUUAGCAACUUUGAGUCACCCAAAGAAAUGUGUAAACAUGCUACUGUAUUACUGUCUUACUAAACAUACUGCAUAUGUGGAGCUUUUUUAUUCUUUUUAAUUAUCCAUUUUCCCAGUAUACAUUUCCCACAACAUAAGAUACUGUACAUUUAAAUUUACCGGUGCAAUAACAUGCUCUACCAUGUCCAUUAUAAAGCCUUUGUUUACUUCA